AUGAACGAAAUUGAUUUGAUAAGGGAGGUCGAGAAGAGACCAAUUUUGUACGAUAAGUUUGUGGUCGGAUUUAACAAAACGAAACUAAGAGACGAUGCAUGGAAGGAAGUGCAAGAUUCUCUUAACGUUUCAGAAUCUGAAUGCAAGAAACGCUGGAGAUCUUUGCGGGAUUCCUUCAUAAAACUGCAGCGGACUCACGGAGGCCGCACCCGGUGGCCUUACCAUCAGGCCAUGAAGUUCCUGCUGCCUCAUGUCGAACCCAAAGGAGAGUUGGGUUCAUCAAAAAAAGACGAGGACUCAGACGCUGAAGAGGAACUUCAAAGACAACGCGCGAUACAAGCUCUCCCCGAUCUGUCUUUCCCCGAGAAAUUCGAUGAUGACGACGACUCAGCGCCAUCGCCGAAGAAGGCCCGUCUCAACUCCACUGAUGAGGAAACUCCAUGCAGUCAGUGCAAUAGGACGGAUCCCGACGAGUUGUUCCUGUUGAGUUGUUCGCCGAUAUUGAAAAGGUUGAACUCCAAGCAGAAUGCCAGGGCGAGAUUGAAGAUUCAGCAGGUUUUGUACGAAGCCGAAUUUGGCGCGCAGAUGGGAAUUCCCUACGGUUCAGAAUGCGACUUCGACGGCAUUGAAGGGCCGGUUGAAUAACUAAAAUUUUUACAGUAUUUACUGUAAUUUUGAACCCGUUUAGAACAAUUAAGGAGAAUUCCGUGGCUUGAAGUAUUACAUGAGAAAAGUGAUUUUAUUAAAUUUUUUUUAAGUGGCAAAUUACGGACGUUACGUGUGUAUGUGGACUAAAAUAAAGAUCUGUUUGUAAGCUACCU